AUGAGGGAAGAGCUAGAUGAUUUACAGAUCUUUGUGAGCACGAGAUGGGCAAUUUUGUUGAACUUGCACGUCGAGAUGUUUCGUGUGAACAUUGUCGAAGACAUUCUCCAAGUUCUCAUAGUCUUCGCUGUUGAGUCGCUGGAGUUAAAUUUUGCCCUUCUCUUUCCAGAGAGCCACAUUCUUCUUCGGGUUUUGCCUGUUCUUGUUGUCUUAGCAGCAUCAUCAGAGAAAGAUAGCGAGUCACUUUAUAAGAGAGUGAAAAUCAACAGAUUGAUCAAUAUAUUUAAGAACAAUCCAGUGAUCCCCGCAUUUCCAGACCUUCAUCUAUCUCCAGCAGCAAUACUGAAAGAGCUGUCAACGUACUUCCCAAAAUUUUCUGCACAAUCUCGUCUCCUAUCUCUUCCUGCAACCCAUGAGCUCCCACCACGUGAAGCACAAGAUUACCAGCGUCACUAUCUUGUCAUCAACCACAUUGGAUCAGUCCGCGCAGAGCAUGAUGACUUCUCCAUACGCUUUGCUUCUGCUAUGAAUCAGCUUAUGUUAUUGAAAUCAAUAGAAGGUGCAGAUUUGGAGUGGGCAAAGGAAGUCAAAGGAAAUAUUUAUGAUAUGGUUGUUGAAGGAUUUCAACUCUUAAGUAGAUGGACUGCUCGUGUAUGGGAACAAUGUGCAUGGAAAUUUUCUCGCCCAUGCAAGGAUCCUGUUUUAACAGAGCCUCAUGAGAAACCAGAAUCAUUUUCUGACUAUGAGAAGGUGGUACGAUAUAAUUAUAGUGCUGACGAAAGGAAAGCUUUGGUAGAACUUGUGAGCUACAUCAAGAGCAUUGCAUCAAUGAUGCAGAAGGCCGAUACAUUGGUAGCAGAUGCCUUAUGGGAAACUAUUCACGCAGAGGUCCAAGAUUUUGUGCAAAAUACGUUAGCCACCAUGUUGCGGACUACCUUCCGGAAAAAGAAAGACCUUUCUAGGAUCCUUUCUGAUAUGCGGACACUUUCAGCAGACUGGAUGGCAAAUACUAGCAAGCUUGAUUCUGAUAUGCAAUCAUUCCAGCAGGGAGGUGAAGAAAACAGAGGAAACAUUUUCUAUCCACGGCCAGUAGCACCAACAGCUGCACAAAUUCAUUGCUUGCAAUUCCUGAUAUACGAGGUGGUAUCGGGCGGUAACAUGAGGAAGCCUGGUGGUCUUUUUGGAAAUAGUGGUUCUGACAUUCCUGCCAACGAUUUAAAACAAUUAGAAACUUUUUUCUACAAGCUUGGGUUUUUCUUGCACGUAUUAGACUACACAGCAACGGUUGCAAACUUGACAGAUCUUGGUUUCUUAUGGUUCAGAGAAUUUUAUUUGGAAUCUUCACGUGUUAUUCAGUUUCCUAUUGAAUGCUCCCUUCCCUGGAUGCUGGUGGAUCAUGUGAUCGAAUCUCAAGAUGCAGGUCUUCUUGAGAGUGUUUUAACGCCUUUCGACAUCUAUAAUGAUGCUUCUCAACAAGCACUGGUGGUCCUCAAGCAACGAUUCCUUUAUGAUGAAAUUGAAGCUGAGGUGGACAAUUGCUUUGAUAUAUUUGUCUCUAAAUUGUGUGACGGUAUUUACACAUACUACAAGAGUUGGGCAGCUAGUGAACUGCUUGAUCCAUCAUUCCUCUUUGCAUUGGACAUUGGUGAAAAGUUUUCAAUCCAUCCGUUGAGAUUCACUUCAUUGUUAAAGAUGACGAGGGUGAAGCUGCUGGGAAGGACAAUUAACUUGAGAAGUUUGAUUGCGGAGAGGAUGAACAAAGUAUUCAGAAGUAAUAUCGAGUUCUUGUUUGAUCGUUUCGAGUCUCAGGAUCUAUGUGCAAUUGUGGAAUUGGAAAAGCUACUAGAUGUCACUCAACUUGCUCAUGAGUUGCUGUCCAAAGAUAUCACUCUUGAUUCAUUUGGUCUCAUGUUGAAUGAGAUGCAAGAGAAUGUAUCUCUUGUUUCAUAUUCUAGUCGACUUGCAUCUCAGAUUUGGACGGAGAUGCAAAAUGACUUUUUACCAAACUUCAUCCUCUGUAAUACAACUCAGCGUUUUGUCCGUUCAACAAGAGUGCCCCUUGUUCCUGUUCAGAAGCCAUCAGUUCCGUAUGCAAAGCAAAACUUCUAUUGUGGUACUCAAGAUCUAAAUUCUGCAUACCAGAGCUUUGCUCGAUUACAUAGUGGGUUUUUUGGAAUGCCUCAUAUGUACUCCAUUGUCAGACUCCUGGGGUCUAGAUCAUUACCAUGGCUCAUCAGGGCACUAUUAGACUUUAUUUCAAAUAAGAUAACUAUCCUAGAACCAAUGAUCGCUGGACUGCAAGAAGCUUUACCAAAAUCAAUUGGAUUACUUCCCUUUGAUGGUGGUAUGGCAGGUUGUAUGAGGAUUGUUAAAGAGCAUCUUAAUUGUUGGCAUUCCAAAUCAGAACUCAAAGCAGAGGCUCUUCGUGGGAUAAAGGAAAUUGGAAGUGUGUUAUACUGGAUGAGUCUUCUUGAUAUUGUUAUGAGAGAAGUGGACCAUAGCCAAUUCUUGCAAACUGCGCCUUGGCUGGGUUUGAUUCCUGGUGCAGAUGGGCAAAUCAUGCAAUCCCAGGAUGGUGAAGAUAGCCCGGUUGUAACUCUCUUCAAAUCUGUAGCUUCUGUAACUUCAUCAAAUCUUCAUUUCUCAAAUCGGUCGGUAUUCCGAGUGCUGUCAAGACAGGCAGAAGCUGCUGAUCUGUUAUAUAAGACCAACAUUAAUGCCGGAAGUGUGCUGGAAUACGCACUUGCUUUCACAAGUGCAGCUUUAGAGAAAUACUGUAGUAAAUGGAGUGCAGUUCCCAAGACAGGGUUUGUUGACAUUACAACUUCGAAAGACUUUUAUCGUAUAUAUAGCGGCCUUCAAAUAGAAUACCUUGAGGAAGCCAUUCAAGCACAAUCGAGCAAUCGCGAAGUGUUGGGUGAUUCAGUUGCCUGGGGUGGUUGUACAAUAAUCUACCUUCUUGGCCAACAGUUACAUUUUGAACUGUUUGACUUUUCACAUCAAGUCCUCAAUGUUGCAGAGGUUGAGGUAGUAUCAGUCGCACCAACCCAUAAGAAUCUUCAUAUUGUCCAGAGUUCAGAAGCCAUAUUAGAAGCUAUGAAGAAAGCAAGACGACUGAAUAACCACGUAUUUUCAAUGUUAAAAGCACGCUGCCCGUUAGAGGACAAGCAGGCUUGUGCAAUUAAGCAAAGUGGUGCGCCACUGCAUCGAAUCAAGUUCGAAAAUACGAUCUCGGCCUUCGAAACACUGCCUCAGAAGGGUGCCUGA